AUGUUGUGUCGGAGAUUAGUACUUGUGCCUCGUUUCACCCUGAGUCCAGUACGUACUCCUUUGCUCUCUUGUUUCCUUUGCGAACGAGGCUACUCUGGCGGCUGCGAUAGAAAGAUCUCUUCUUCUUACAAAGAGAGAUUGAGAAGUGGGAUUAUUGGUAUUAAGAAGGAUGAUGCUGUUGCUCUCUUUCAAACGAUGAUUGAGUCUCGUCCUCUUCCUACGGUCAUAGAUUUCAGUAGAUUGUUUAGUGCAGUGGCCAGAACGAAACAGUAUGAUCUCGUGUUGGAUCUCUGCAGGCAAAUGGAACUGAAAGGGAUUGCACAUGACAACUACACGCUGAGUAUUGUCAUCAAUUGCUUCUGCCGUCGCCGGAAACGGUUUUGCCUUUUCUGCUAUGGGAAAGAUGUUGAAGCUUGGGUUAUACCAGAUCUCAUCAUACUCAACACUAUUGUCAAUGGGCUUUCUCUCCAAGAUAGGCUGUCUGAAGCAAUGUCUUUGAUUGAUCGAAUGAUGGUCAUUGGAUGUCAACCCGAUCAGUUUACCUAUGGUCCGGUUUUGAACAGAAUGUGCAAGUCUGGGAACAUUGCCUUGGCCUUGGGUCUUCUCAGAAAGAUGGAAUGUAGAAAGAUUGCCAAUACAGUCACUUAUAGCACUCUCAUCCAAGGCUUUUGUCAAUCAGGAAAGCUUAAUAUGGCCAAAGAACUCUUCCAAGAGAUGGUCUCUGAAGGUGUUCAUCCUGAUAUUGUGACCUAUAGUAUUUUGCUGGAUGGAUUGUGUGACAAUGGAGAACUAGAAGAAGCUUUGGGAAUACUUGAUAAAAUGCACAAGAGUAAGAUGGAACUUGAUAUUGGUAUAUAUAGUAUCAUCAUUCACGGGAUGUGCAAUGCUAGUAAGGUUGAUGAUGCUUGGGAUCUAUUCUGUAGCCUACCUUCGAAAGGAGUGAAACCUGAUGUCAAAACAUAUACUAUAAUGAUUGGAGGAUUAUGUAAGAAAGGGUCACUGGCUGAAGCAAACACCUUGCUUAGAAAAAUGGAAGAGGAAGGGAUAGCACCAGAUAGUGGUCCAUACAACACUCUUAUCAGGGCACAUCUCCGAGAUGGUGACUUAACAGAAUCAGCUGAACUUAUUGAAGAAAUGAAGAGUUGUGGGUUCUCAGCAGAUGCUUCCACCAUAAAGAUUGUUAUGGAUAUGUUAUCGGAUGGUAGAAUGAAGAAAAGCUUUCUGGAUAUGCUUUCUUAG